ACAGGGACAAGGACGGGGACGGGGGCUGAGCGUCGCCAGCGCAGGGUCCGUGCCGCUGCCGGGACGGUGUGAAGACAGGGCACAGAAAUGGGGGCAAAAGAGGCGUUUGUGGGCCAUGAGAGGCAGCAGGACCCCGAGGUACCCUGCAGCGUCUCCGUGUCACCGAAGCCUCCUCUGGACACCGAGCGGAGGGGCUGGGAAACCUGUGCUGUGCUCCUGGUGCGUGAGAGGCCCUCGGGUGGGUCACACAGCUCGCCCAGUAAAACACAAAUGGCUCCAGCUAACCAUGGGCACCCACAGGGCUCCGCCAAGGCUGCGUCCACCCGGCCGCACACCGGGGGCAGCCGGUGAGCCGGGAACGAGCCUCGGGGUGCUCGCACGUGCGUGUCCGUCUGGAGACAAAAGCAGGGCUGAAGCAGUGCCGGCCGCCUCCGAGAGCCCUCCGGCCACCUUCCCGGCCCCCCAGCCCAGCUGCAGGAGCUUGCAGGAGCGGGGGGAAGUUGCUCCAGCCCCCCCCCCAGCCACCCACCCACCCCCUCUCCCAAGGAAAGGUAAGGAAAAGAAAGCAGACGAUGCUCUCCACUUGCUCCUGCACCUUUUUGGCAGGCCGGGCUGGCUGUGGGGGGGUUGGUUUGGGGCGGGGGUGCGGGCUGCUGCUUCGCCAGGCGGUGCACAAUCCCGGCACAAAGCCGCUCUGUCGACAGAUCCCUGUCACAAUAUUUUUCCGCAGGCGACAAGCCCACACUUGGCAAAGCUGCUGCUUCCCUACGUCGUCCCUUUCUCAGCUGGUUGGGGAGCCCCUGACCGUGUACCCCCCCCUUCCCCUGGCUCCCCAAAACAAUGCCCCCCCGUCGAUGGGGCUGUCCUCUCGCUGCAGGCAGGGGGCAAGGGAAGGGGGCUGGAUGGUGGUGCUGCAGUGCUGGGGGUGACAGUCUUAUCCCCUCCUGCGCAGAAGGGGGGAGAUGACACGCUGCUUUGGGGGCAGAGGGGACCGAGCCCAUCCCAGUGACCUCAGUGGCUUGGGGGGGCCCUCUGCUCCCCCCACGUGAAGGCUUGCAGCACCAGGGGCUGGUGUGCGUGCUCGGCCGGGCAGCUCUGUGCUGGGACGAGGAGGAGGAUGGAGCAGGGCUGCUCCUUGGCCAUGUCUGCAUCCCCUGCCCGGCGCUGGCAGCCUGUCCCCGUGGCUCCCCUCUGACUCGGCCGGCUUCGUCAGAAGGAGCAAGGGGGGCUUGAAAAGUUUGCUUGCAGGUGAGGUGCGAUGGUAACACCCAAAAUUUGCCCCGCCGCCCUCCCCCUUGCCCCUGCUGACUGGAGGGGUAACAGCCCCUGCUUUUGGAGGUGCUCCCAGAGCAGGGAUGCGAGUGACAGCUCCAGGAACCCAAAUCCAGCCCCAGAACCUGGGGCAAGACCUACGGGCCAGCCCCUGCUAGAGGGACAAUCCGCACCCCCUGAAAUCCGUCCCCGGGGAGGUGAGGACAGCCUCGGGGUGCCCUUUGGGGCCAGACCAGCCUCUCCCACGGGGGCAGAAAUCUGCUCCAGCUGGGAGCGAAGGUGCAGGGGGGGCAGCAGCAGCAGUUUUGCUGUUUUUUUCAGGGCAGGCAGGGAGUCGAGCACUUGUGUUUUGAGGCUGGAGAGGGCAGGGCGAUGCCCGGAGCUGGGAAAGGCUCCCGCACGGACAGCACCGCUCGCGUUCUCAGGGUGCAUCCUGGAAGCAAUCGUGGUCCUCCCUCAAGCUUCGGCCCUGAGCCUGAUACCACUGCUGUUCAGAUCCCAAAAAGCUCUGGAAGUGCAGGGGUUUGGUCAUUUUGGCUCUGCAGGCGGGUGGGGUGUUGCUUUCCCAGUGUGGCUGCCGGGAACCUUCCCGAGGUGCUGCUGGGGUUCCCCCACCGCAGCGCUGGGGCCGGGCUGGGGUGCAACAGGCGCUCCCGUGCACGUCUCCGCAAAGCACGCCGACUGUACCCCGCCUGGCGAGCCACUGGAUGUCAGUGUUGAUUGAUACAAAUGAAGCCGAAGGAAUAUCUGUUUUUUUGUUGUUUUUUUUUUCACCCGGUUGCACAACAACAGGCACCCUCCGAGCGGGAUGGAUUUCGGUGGGAUCUGGUGGUGACUUUGCCGGGGUGUGAGCGGAGCUGCUCCCAAAACCCUGCUCCCAAAACCCUGCUCCCAAAAUCCCCUUUGGGGAGAGGCACGGGCUGAGAGCUCAGCACCGAGGCUCGCUGGUCCCCGUGUGGCUGUGGUACCGGCAUGAGAUGUCUGCGGGGAAUUACCAGGAGGGUUCCUUCUCCCCGUCAGAUAAUGUGGGGUGGGGUGGGGGGGAAGCAAGAAGGAGGAAAAGUCUGGGGUUUGUUGUGGCAUGGGAUGAAAGCACAGCUCUGCCAAAUGGCAGAGGGCUUUCUGGCCAGCUGGGGCCAAGGGGACGUUUUCUGCCUGUUUAGGAGACCGACACUGAGGAUGGGGUGAGAGCGAGAUCCCCAAGGGGACAGCUGGCCUGUGCUCGGCUUCCCGAGCAGACGCUGGCACAAGUGGCUGCGUUCUCACCUCUCCCCACUCCCUCCUCACCCUCAGUCACCUUUUGGACACCAGUGCCCAGGCGAGGUCGUGUUGUGGGUUUUAUCCCAGCAGCUGCAGGCAGCUCCAGGUCUGCUGUGGGUGCUGGGGACCCUGUGGUCCCUUUCUGGGUGGUGGCACUGCCGGGACCCCGGCGCUCUUUUGGGGGCCGGGCUACCUGCAUGCAGCAGUCAUGGUUUUCUUCUCUCCUCAAUGCAUGAAAACACACCUUAGAAGAGCAUUUUUCUGCCUCUGCCUUUAGUACACCUGCUCCAGAGCCAGGUUUUUUGGCGACACCAAAGCGCUUAGGGGCACAGAUAGCACCCGAGCAGCCCUGAGGAGCUCUCUGGGCUUCACGCCCUGCUUCCAGGCACAUAAUUGCCCUUUACCCAAGCUUAAAAUCCAGCUCCCAGCCUGCCCGUGGCGAUCACACCCGCGCUGUGCAGCAGAGCCCCGCUCUCUCCGCACGUCACAGCGGCCGUCCUCCGACGUCGGCGCAGCAGCAGCAGCGCCGGCCCCGUGCGUGGCGCACCGAAUUCGGCCGGGCUGAGCUCCGAGCUCGUUACCAGCACAGCUCCCUCCCCUGCGGCCAAGGAAAGAUCAUUUGCAAAGCAAGGGGAAAAUAAAGCCUGCCGGGGCCUGAGCGUGGCCGGCCGAGUGACGACUGACGUCCAAAGCCCUGUGCUGCUGCUCCCCUGGCGGGCAGGAUUACGGGCACGGCUGGUUUUGCUGAUGCAGCGAGCGCAGGGCGGCCGCGCCGAUCUGUCCUGCUGAGGCCGGGCCAGCGGCUGUGAUGCCGCAGCAAGCAGCAUCCGAGGCUGGGAGGAUGCGGGGAUGCUCCUCACGGCCAGCAGCAAUUGCUGGGGAGCGAGGGUCCUGCCAGCUGGGAGCUUGGGGUGGGCUCCUGGGGGGCGCAGGGGGCGCCCUGGGGGUCCCCGUGCCCGCCCCCUCCUCUCCCUGCUCUGUGCUGUAGUCACUGAAUGGUGUCGGUUCCUCCAGCCCUAUCCUGGGGCAGGGAAAGGGGCUCAGCAGGGCAAGCCAGAGCUUCCUGGAGCCCUCCCCGUCCUUUGGGGCAGUUUUGGGGCAGGGCUCCGGGUCACCUGGGGCCGGAGCUGGCACCCCGGCCCUUGGGGAGAGGAGCUGGUGCCGAGGAAAGCUGCUGGGAGAGGGCUGAAACGAGCUUGGCAGGAGCGGCCACUGUGCAUCCGAAUGUCUCUGCUAAGCCAGGAUGGGUCACCCUGUGCAGGGGAUGGGGAGGGCAGAGCCUUCCCUGAGGGGAACGUGUCCCUUGGGGGAUGAGGAGAGCCUGGAAGGCCACAGCUAACCCCUUGUGCCCCCGCUCCAGCAGUAGCUGGGGGCUGGCGAGGUGUGCCGCUCGCUUCCACGAUGUCCUGCCGCUGCCCGGCCCCGCAGUGGCCUGCAUCCCCCAUCGCUGUCUUACGGGGUCUCACCUCCAUCCCCACCUCUGCCAGCAGGGCCAUCACCCCGGGUCCUGUCCCACGGGGAUCUCUCCUGCCCUCUGUCCUGCCCACAGGGCCGCGAGUACCCCGGGAGCCACUAGCAAGACUGCUGCAAGGAGCAAGCAAGGAAAGCAGCGGGCACAGAAGGGCCGCCGAAGACUCCAGGAGGUGGCGGGGACGUGCGGGUCCCCCGGGGCUCCUCCUUGCGUCCCCCAGCUCGCCACCGGGCGCCCCGUGACCACCGGGGAAGAUGCCGGGGCUGAUCAACCGCGGCACCCGGCGCCCGCUGCCGCUCACCGCCUCCGAGGUGACCUCGUGCGUCAGCGGCUACGCCUGCGGGAUGACGGCCUCGCUCACCUACCGCAACCCGGAGGCGCAGCCGUGUGAAGGGCUCUUUGUCUUCCCCCUGGAUGAGCACACAACCGUGGUCGGGUUCGAGGCGGCGGUGUGCCGGCGCGCCGUCACCGUGCAGAUCAAGGACAAGGCCAAGAUCGACGCCGCCUAUUUCGACGGCUGCGGCCACCCCGACGGACGAGCUCACGACAGGAGCGGAAGGAUUGUGAUGGACGAGGACUUGGAGAGAAUUGCAUUUGUGGCUAGCCUGGGCACAAUUCCUCCCCUGGAAAGCAUCUCCGUCUUCAUCAGCACCUCCUCGGAGCUGCAGACGCUGCCCAGCGGGGCCGUGAGGGUCCUCCUGCCAGCUGUGUGUGUCCCCAGGGUCCCACAGCCCAGCUCGGAGAGCACCAGCACCCUUCCUGGCCACCAGCUCCGGACAGCCAAGCCCUGCUGCGGAUCGGGGAGCCCGGAGCAGGGCAGCAGCUUCUGCCUGGCCCAGCUGCUGGAGAGCGAGGCCACCAACCCCUCCGAGUACGAGUUCAGCUUCCACCUGGAGAUCCGGGGGCCAUGCUUGCUGGCAGGCGUCGAGAGCCCCACGCACAAGAUCCGCGCGGACGCCGACCCCUCGGCUCGCUCGGCGAGGAGCAUCGUCAUCACGCUGGCCGACAAGCACACCUUCGACAGGCCCGUGGAGAUCCUGAUCCACCCCAGCGAGCCCCACAUGCCUCACGUCUUAAUGGAAGAAGGCGAUAUGACGCCCGCGGAGUACGAACGACACCUGAAGGGGAAGAACGAUUUCAUUAAAGGCACCAAGAAGGACCCCAGCGCCGAGAAAAAGACCGAGAUCAUCAGGAAGCGCCUGAACAAGGACAUCCCCCACCACCCUGUUGUCAUGCUGAACUUCUGCCCGGACCUGCGGACGGCCCAGGCGGACCUCCGCAAAGCCCCCGGCGAGUUUAUCUUCCUGGUUGACCGCAGUAGGAGCAUGGGCGGCGUGAGCAUCGACCGCGUCAAGGACGCCCUGUUGGUCCUCCUCAAGAGCCUGAUGCCCGCGUGCCUCUUCAACAUCGUUGGCUUCGGCUCCACUUUCAAGACGCUGUUCCCUGCCAGCAGGAGCUACUGCGAGGAGAGCCUGGCCGUCGCCUGCGAGAGCAUCAGGAGGAUCCGAGCUGACAUGGGCGGCACCAACAUCUUGUCGCCUCUGAAGUGGGUCGUGCGGCAGCCGAUCCCCAGGGGCCACCCCCGGCUGCUCUUCCUGCUGACGACGGGGGCCGUGGGCGACACGGGGAAGGUCCUCGAGCUGCUGAGGAACCACUCCUCCUCCACCAGGUGCUACAGCUUCGGCAUCGGGCCCAACGCCUGCAGGAGGCUGGUGCAGGGGCUGGCCGCCGUGUCCAGGGGCACUGCCGAGUUCCUGGCCGAGGGCGAGCGGCUGCAGCCCAAGAUGAUCAGGUCGCUGAAGAAGGCGAUGGCGCCGGUCCUGAGCGACGUGUCCAUGGAGUGGGUCUUUCCCGAAAGCACCGAGGUCUUGGUCUCCCCGGUGAGCACCAGCUGCCUCUUCCCUGGUGACCGCCUGGUUGGCUACGGCGUCGUCUGCGACACCUCGCUGUACCUCUCCACCCCCCGAUCGGACAAGAGGCGGCGGUACAGCAUGAUGCGCUCCCAGGAGUCGAGCAGCUCAGUUUUCUUGCACUCCCAGGAAGAGGGAGCCGGCACGGAGAGCUGGAGCUACCCGGAGGGGUGCUGCCCGGCCGAGCGUACCCCGGAUCAGCUGGCGGUGGGCAGGGAUCCCGGCGGAGAAUCGGACACGGACACCGGAACGGAUGCCAAGACGUCCUCCAGGAGACGGGCGUACAGUGCCAACCAGGUGGCCAACCACGAGCCCCUCCGGAAGGAGCCCACGGCCAGCGAUCCGGGCAGCGCCCUGCUGAGGAAUCCCCUGCGCAAAGCCCACCUGCAGGACCUGCAGCAGCUCAGCCCCGAGCCGUGCCCGGUGGAUUUCCAGCCCUUCGCCACCAGCCUGCGCUCCUCCACCACCAGGAUCCGUGGCGCGGGUGCCCGCCGGCCGUCCCUGCUGCACGGGAGCUGCGUGUCCUCCUGCCAGCGCCCCGAAUCCCCGCCAGCGCCCGAGGCUGCUGCUGGACGGGGCUUGGGGCAGCUGGAUGCCAGCGGCAGCCUGCGGUCCUCGUCCGACAGCCGAAGCCCCGGGGAGCCGGAAGGCACCCAGCAUCCGUCCUUCACGUUCGAGACGGAGACCUCCUCCGACUGGGAGCCCCAGGACUGGGAUUUCGGCGCCGCCCGGGGCUCCCCGUGCUCGCCCCGUGCCACCUGCAAGGCGGUGGUGAAGGGGCUGCGGGGCAGCGAGCCCGUGCAGUGGGAGGUCGCCUUUGACAUCCGCCCGCUCCUCCGAGAGCGGGGCAGCCAGGAGGAGGGCGACGAGGACCUGUGGAGCGAGACCUUCCACCACCUGGCAGCCAAGUCCGUCAUCCGGGACUUGGAGCAGCUUGCAGAGAGGGAGUGUGAAAUCGAGCACGGGUCAGGCCGGCGGUACCAGCUCAACGCUGUCCACACCAGCAAGGCCUGCAACGUCAUCAGCAAGUACACGGCAUUCGUGCCGGUGGACCUGAGCACCAGCACCUACCUGCCCCCCUGCGUCGCCUACACCCGCGCAGGGCAAGCGGCCAGGCAAGGCAGCCCGAGGAGCCUCAGCUCGGGACACAGGAGGCACCGCGGCUUUUCUGCGGCACGUCCCCUGUCACCCUGCGGCCAGGACGGAGAUGAUGGAUUUCAUGGCAUGGAUGCGGACGAGGCCGGGCCGUCACCCUGCAGCACCCCGCUCUCCUCCGGCUGCCGUCCCCCAGAAGCGCCGUUCCAGAGCCUGGCUGCCUCUUCUGCACAUUCCCCAAAACCCAUCGAGAGCCUCUUUGCCGCGAGGCUGACCCUCCACAAAACCAGGCUGCUGACUCGAGCUGCCAAAGGUUUCAUGAGCAAAUCUCCGGGCAGAACGAGCGAAGCCAGCUCGGAGAGUGACUGCGAGAGCAUUGACUACCUUCCUCUGGCGUCUCUGCAGCUGGCCUGCGGUGCCUUCCUCCUGAACUCGGCCUUCUGCGAGGCGCUCGGCAUCCCCAUGGAGAAGCUGAAGCGCACGUCGCCUUUCUCCUGCCACCGCCUGGCGCUCAGCCCCUCGAGCUCCAGCAGCGCCAGGAAGGCCGUGCCCGGCGGGGAGCACGCAAACCUCGGGCACGACGGGCAGCUCCUGGUCCCUGACGGCACGCGCGGAGCCGGCAGCCCCACCGAGGACACGGCCGGCCGCCCCCGCCACUUCUCGGGGAGCGCCGUGGAGAGCAUCUCCAAAGCCCUGCGAGCCGAGAGCGAGCUCUCCCCGCCGGCCAUCACCAUCCGCCGCUUCUCCUCCCCGGAGCAGCACGGCCCUGAGGUCCAGGCGCUGCUGGCCGACAUCGAGCUGCGGCGGCAGACGGAGCCCGAGGGGAUGCUGUGGGCCACGGCUGUGGCGCUGGCCUGGCUGGAGCACAGCUCGGCGUCCUACUUCGUCGAGUGGGAGCUGGUGGCGGCCAAGGCCAGCCUGUGGCUGCAGGAGCAGCGCUUCCCGCAGGGCUGCAGCCUGGCCGCGGUGAAGGCGGCGGCCCAGCAGCUCUUUGUCUUGCUCAGGCACUGGGAGGAGAACCUGGAGUUCAACCUGCUGUGCUACAACCCCAGCAGUGUGUAAGGAGCGGGGGGGGACAAGAAGAGAGGCUUGGGCAGCGGGACGGGGACCUGUCCUCAAGGGAGCGGCCGACGCUGGGCCUUAGGAGCUGAAGGCGCAGAGCGCGGCCCCCUCGGCACCCAGCGCCGAGCAGAAACACCCUGCGUGAAAACAGCAAAAGGAAACGUAAUUCCCUGCCAAAAGGCCCAAACGUCCCAUCCUCCUUUCCACGCAGGAGCCUGCUGCGCCCUCCUGGGGGGCUCUGCCCUCCCCAGCCGUGAGCGACACCCCCCUGUCUCCACUCCUUUUCUUCCCUGCUGCUGUGAGAACAUUUUCCAGCCCAAAGCUCGCUUGUUACUAGAAGUCAGUGGCGUUCCCGACUUCAGUACAGCUUCCAGGCAUUAUUUUUUAUUUAUUUAUUUAUUUUCUUUAGCUUUCUGCUGGAGAAAGGCCCUGGUUCUGUUUCAGCUGCACUGGUUUUGUCUGGGGGGCUUGGAAAAACCGAAGGAAACGCAGCUGAAUGACGGGCACACAGGUUUUGGCUCCUCCACUGAGCAGGGAUGGGUAGGAAGGGGAGUGUGAGAGGAAGAGAUGAAAACUGCAGCUGGAGAGUGUUGGAAAACAGCGGGAAAAUGUGGAAAUAUUGGCAAGGCUGUUCCCUUUGAGACAAAGCAUCUUCUCUUUUAAACCUCCCCGUGGGGGAAAGCCUCCUCUCAGUUCCCCAGCAGAACGCCGGGAGCCAGGAGGGGCUUUGCAGGAAACCUUUUGCUUUUUCUGACCGGAGCUGGUGGAGAUGGGGAUCUUCAUGGCUCUGUUAGCACUGGGGUUGUUGCCAGUCCCAAAGCAACGAGUCCCAGCUCCAGUCCAAUUCUUGCUCCAAAAAAGCAUCAGGGAGAGCUGCCACUUGGCUGUUUUGGUGCCAAACAGCCUGGUUUGCGGCGUGCUGUAGCUCGUGAGCAAAACCUACCUCUUGUUCCCUGCCUUUCCCUGCCCACUACCCCACCUCUGCUCCUCAGGACUUCCCCAGCAGGGUUUUUCCCCGGGCACAGCAUCCCAAGCCCUGCCCGCCUCACCGCUUGCUGGCUUUCCGACCUCCUGCUUCUCCCCACAGACCCAGAAUCUCCCCUGGAGGCUGCCUCAGUGCUCUGCUCACCCGCAGCCACUGGCAAAACGAGCUUCUGCUCCAACACGGGGGCUGCUGAAGCCAGCAGCUCCCCUGUGCCGGGUUUGGGCCGGGCGCUCAGGGCGUUGGCACAGCCCUCCCUGCAUCCUCUUUUUGGGGAGAGGGGCCGAAAGGGGCCGGUGCUGCUCUCACCGCUGCCCUCGCUUCUCCAGCAUCCCACGAAGAGCCUCUCGAUGCUGGAGGAUGCUCCAGGACAGUUCACGCCAGGGCACCAAGGCUUCAGCGGGCGAGCAUCCUUCGGCGCCUUGCCUUUUCCCCUCGGUGUGCAGCAGCCUCGCCGUGUUGCAGCAGGUUCCUGGUGUCCGUGUGUGUCCGUCCGCGGGGGUCCCCGAGCGUCCCUGCUCUUUGUCGCCUCGUCGGGGUCCCCAGCUCCGCCAGGGGCUCCUCGGCGCCGUCGUGUUCUCUGUUGUCGUUGUCCUGGUAAAUCAGAGCCUGCUUGAUUUGUCCACCGUGGGUACGCUGUUUCGGGGUCUCUGUCCGCAGUGUGGUGUGAGUUGUGUAGGAAAAA